AACUGUUACAGGCCACAAGCAAGAAACAUAUCUUAACUGAAGUAUCCGUCCUAGAACAUUUUAAACUGGUGUAAAGGGAAGAAAAAUAGCCUCGAUUCACUAUCCACAACUGUGCUGGUGUUCCGCUCCACACCGACAGGGGGCAGUGUUAGGGGUUUACUGGGGGCGGGACAAUAGACAGGCAGCCAAUCAGAGGAGGCCAACUUGGGCGCAAAGAAGGGGGAAAAGGAAGCGCCUUUGCCGCCAUUUCAUGUGAAAGCAUCGCUGUUGUAGAGUUCAGGGCUGAAGAAUUUUCUUUCAAAAUCUCUCGGAAAUCACGGACUCUAAACCCGCUGAUAGUUAGUGAUUUACUGGGGUGUUUUAGUCGAACGGUAGGAUCCGACGGGCUUCCGUGAGUUGAGCUGCUCUGCUGGUUCCAGUCGGUGAACAUGAGUUACGGAAGGCCGCCGCCAGACGUGGAGGGGAUGACCUCCUUAAAAGUGGACAACCUGACUUACCGGACUUCACCGGAGACCCUCCGCCGAGUUUUCGAGAAAUACGGUCGCGUGGGAGACGUGUACAUCCCCCGCGACAGGUACACGAAGGAGAGCCGCGGUUUUGCUUUUGUGCGGUUCCUCGACAAGCGCGACGCCGAAGACGCCAUGGACGCGAUGGACGGCGCGCUGCUCGAUGGGCGCGAGCUCCGCGUGCAGAUGGCCCGGUACGGCCGACCACCGGAUUCCAUGUACGGACGGAGGGGAGCUCCACCGCGCAGAUACGGGGGUUACGGACGCAGAAGCAGGAGUCGCUCAGCCAGUCCCCGGCGCCGCAGACGAAGCCGCAGCCGCUCCAGGAGCAGGAGUCACUCGCGGUCCAGGAGUCGCCACCACUACAGCCGUUCCAGGUCCCGCUCGUACUCCAGGUCAAGGUCCAGGUCCAGAUCCAAAUCGAAGUCGAAAUCCAGAACCCCCAGGCGGAGCAAGUCCAAGUCUCCCUCCAGGUCUAGGUCGCGCUCCAGGUCCAAGUCGAGGAGUCGAACCCCACCUUCGAACAGAGGGUCCAAGUCCCGGUCCAGGUCCAAAUCCAAGAGUAGGCCUAAAUCUCCAGAGGACAACGGAGCAGAGUCUUAACCCAAACCUGGACACAAUAAGACGGUAUCCAUGGGAAUUCUAUUAUCUUUCCAUUGUCCAUAAACAGUCUGUGUGUAGUCAUUGUUGUUCUGCAGUCUUGAUGCUACACUACGGUCUUUGAAACAACAGUAACCAAGUCUGCAGAAUCCUGGGGAGGUUUAGACUUAAAGACAAAAGUCUGAGCUGUAUUCUUUGUACAGUCCCACUGAUGUGUUUGCUUUAGUUGCUUGUAUGUGCAGCCAGUCUAAAGCAAACAUGUUAAUUAACAUUUGGCCUUAUGUGAUCAAUCCUUUAAUUGAAGUAUUCACAUCUGUACUCUUGUGAGUGUGUAUGGGAGUGAGGGGGGGAGGUUGGGUCGUGGGGUGCUGCACUCAAAACGUUUACCUAAAUGUGGAAUUCUUUCCUCCAAGCUGCGGAGUCCUGUUUGCAAAGAGAGGAGGAGGAGGAGGAGAUGGGGGUGUGGCAGUGUGAGAGCAGUUAGUGUGUGACCCGCCCAUGUGACCUGCCUGUUGCCGAGAGCGAUGGCAGUUGCUAAAGGAGCAGGUCACCAAGGCAACGGUGGUUGCUAUGGAGCAGGUCGUCAUGGCGGUGGUUCGGGCGGUCAGUUGGUGUAUGAGGUGGUGUGGUGAGGUACGUUCACGGGGAUCACAGGCAUGAUGUGCUGAGCCGUUGUCUGUGGUUUCCGCCUGCUGCCUCUCAAAAAGGGAACGGACCCCAAGGUUUGUUUUUCCAAAUAUGCCCGAGUGCAAGAGUCAUGUUAGAGCUAGCGUUUUUGUUUUUUUUUUCCUCAUUCUUUCUUUGGGUCUAGGGGCCACUAAAGGUGUAGAAACAAAUUUGAACUUGACUAGAACUGUUAGGUUUAAUACCAGAAAAGGGAUGCCAACAGACAGGAUCUGUUUGCUAAAUAUUGGUGAGGGGGAAAAGUACAACUUUAAGAAUCUCAGGUCAGCUGCAGGAGUUUGAAAAGCCGUCUUGUGUAUCUCCAUCUGACUGUGGUAUUUUUUUCUUUCCUUCCAGAUCUCAGAUGAUAGAGCCUUUGAGGACAUCAGGAAGAGUCUCACAUUGAACAGGUGGACUCCACUUGACCACUGACCGCAGACUGAAAGGUUAUUGGAACUUGGUCUAAAAUGUUUUAAUGUUUCAUUUUCAUUUCUUUACCAAAACAUAUUCUGUAACUUUGCUAUUUGUUGGUAAGUUGAGCAUAUUUGAUGGAAGGAAUUUGUAAUGGUGGUUUUCCACUUAAAUUGGAUUUCUUGAAUUUGAAUCUAUUUGUAUUUGUGAAUAAAUUCUCUUUUGGAAUUAUC